UGCAAAUCGCAGCAACAACGCCCUUUAAAGAUACCGUAACGCUUAUAAAACCUUCGUCGUCGCGGUAGAUUCCGAUUCACAAUCACAGAAUCAGAGGUACCAAACAUUGUUUCUAAAAUGAUCAACACCGGGAAACUAGCCGGGCGGACGCUGUUCAUUACAGGUGCUAGCAGAGGCAUCGGCAAGGCCAUAGCGCUGAAGGCUGCCAGAGAUGGAGCCAACGUCGUCAUCGCUGCCAAGACAGCAGAAGCUCAUCCAAAACUUCCAGGCACGAUCUACACAGCAGCAGAAGAGGUGGAAAAACUUGGAGGGAAAUGUCUGCCAUGCAUUGUGGAUAUCAGAGAGGAGUCCCAGGUGAUUUCAGCCGUCGAGGAAGCCGUCAAGAAGUUUGGAGGCAUCGAUAUUCUAGUCAACAACGCUAGUGCCAUCAGUCUUACAGAUACUGACCACACACCAAUGAAGAAAUAUGAUCUCAUGAAUUCUGUCAAUGCAAGAGGGACAUACAUGUGCUCCAGAGUUUGCCUUCCAUAUCUCAGGAAAGGAACAAAUCCACACAUCUUAAAUCUUAGUCCACCUUUGAACUUUGAACCUAAAUGGUUUAGAGGUCACGUAGCCUAUUCGAUUGCCAAAUAUGGAAUGUCUUUAUGUGUACUGGGAAUGGCGGAGGAAUUCAAAGCAGAUGGGAUAGCCGUCAAUGCACUGUGGCCCAGAACAGCCAUCUGGACGGCAGCCAUGCAGAUGAUCGGAGGUGAGUCUGACUCUACAAUGAAGAGUUGCAGAUCAGUAGAUAUUAUCACAGAUGCUGCCUACGCCAUCUUCAGCAAAGACAGUUCAACCUUCACAGGGAACUACUGCAUCGAUGAUGAGAUCGUCAGGGCAGAAGGCAUCACUGACCUGGGACAGUACUCCUGCGUCAAGGGGGAACCUCUCCUCCUUGAUUUCUUUGUGGACCCCGACCCAAAGGCCAAACCAGGAGAGUUCAUAGAUGCCAUUGGGGCCGAAGAGGCGUUAGGAGGAGGAGGAGCUGAAGCUGGAGCAGGAGCCGUGCCAGCCAUGUUUGAUAAGAUGGGAGGCAUGCUGAGUGAGAGUCACGUCCAGAAGAUUGGCGCUGUCUUCCAGUUUGAGCUAUCAGGUAACGAACCUGGAACAUGGCACCUCGAUCUGAAGAAUGGCUCCGGAUCAGCUGGCUCCGGACCUCCGUCCAACACCGCUGACGCGACCCUGUCCUUGGACAGCGCUGACUUCAUCAAGAUGUUUGAAGGGAAAAUCAAAGCUACCGUUGCCUUUAUGGGUGGCAAGCUGAAGAUCAAGGGAGACAUGAUGAAAGCCAUGAAGCUGGAGAAACUCAUGGAUGAAUUCAAUAAGCUUCCAGCGGCAGCGGCGGCACCCAAGGCAGAGCCCGUAGCAGCAGCAGCAGCGUCCGGAGGCAGCGGGGGUCAGAUAGAUGUAAUGUUCACAAGGAUACGAGAGCUUCUGAGCGAAGAGAUGGUCGGGAAGAUUGGAGCCGUCUACCAGUUUGACGUCUCGGGUGAAGAAGCCGGAAGCUGGACCCUGGACCUCAAGAACGGUUCCGGAUCCGCCAACGCGGGCGCUGCUGAGAACCCUGAUGUGACCAUGAUCCUAGACACGGCUAACUUCAUCAAGAUGUUCCAGGGCAAGAUGAAUCCCACCAUGGCCUUCAUGGGCGGCAAGCUCAAGAUCAAGGGAGACCUCGGGAAAGCCAUGAAGCUCGAGGGUAUCAUGAAGAAGAUGCAGUCAAAGCUGUAGAACAAGAGCGAUUCAAAGUAUUCAGUAGGACUUGCUUUCACACAUGGCUCCACAUUAACUGUUAUGCCAAGGGGUCAGUCUCUGUACAUUAAUGAUUCAUCUUUAAAGUAUACCAGCCAUCUAAAAAUAUAAUUUGUGUACAGUUAGAAUGUAUAAAAACCAACCUCAAAAUAUCUUAACCGGGCAGUAUACGAGCUAAUGGUUGAGAAGUAUGUAGUAUGAAGCAGAACCCAAGACAGACUUUGGUUCUGUGUGGGCCAUAUUCUAUGCCAGUGCAUUGAGUAGUCUACUCGCUCUAAUGGAAAUGGGCAUAAACUUGGCCCAUAGAUUCCGAGAUUUUUAAUUUUUUUUAUCUUGCUUUUAUACAUUCUAGCUGUACACAAAAUGUUUUUUUUUUAGGUGAUUGGUCCAAAAAGAGAGUUUUGCCAUACCUCUUAAUGAAAUAAUUGUGCAAAUCUUAAAUACGUACACCCUUAUAUGUAAUUGUCGACUUCUUCCACAAUACACGUUUGCUUUGAUUGCAUUGAUGUACGGAGAAUUUACGUCAUUUCCUGUAACUCUAUUAAAGCUCUAUGCUGCACCUGUAAGUUUCUGUUUAUCUUGUAUAUGUAAAUAAAAAGAUUGAUAAUUUGAAGCCAUUUGUGUUGUUCACAACCAUUUUGAUCAAAUCAAUAUAAAUACUAGUGAACUAAAUGUGACUUCCAUCCACAUACAGGGUAGAUUUGGAAUAGAUAAGAACUUUAUAAGGGCAUUGAUUAUCUGCUUUUUGUACGGUAGUAACAAUUGGUUAGGAUACUAUAUGAAGAGCCUCAAGUAAAGUUUUAACUCUAUUUCAUAAUUAUAAAUAUUGUAUUUAAUGUUGCAAUGAUAUGAUAAAAAAAAUAUUCCUUUAUAAUAUCGGUUCCAGAAAUCAAACAAUGGAAUUUUCUUAACCUAUUGAAAAAAAGCUUGAUUCACACACAUAUUCAGUGGAAUGAAAUAGACAUUUAAUGGGUUUCAUCUUUACUGGGUUAGUUGUACACUGUGUCUUGAUGAUAUGCAAGCGUGUUCCUGCAUUUGUACAUGAGCAUUUAAUAUCUUUUAAAGCGCACUAAUGUCAUGAGCGGACAAGGCCACACCAGAAUUACAAUACAAGAAACAUCAAUACAUGUAUUAGCCUUUCUCUUGUCCAGGACAUAUCAUCUAUCAGAGUGGGGGCCAAGAUGAAACAGAUGGAGUGUAUGCCUUAGCCAUCAUGGUGCAAACAUGAAUAUGCAUGAGAUUGUGAUCGAAUAAUAUGUGUACAUUCAUCAUUCUUUGUUUUUUCAUUAAAAUGUGAUGCACAAAUGAUAAGUGACAUUUCUUAGGAAGUAUGUACGGUUGGAUUUUACUUUACCUCAAUAUCAUUAUGUAAUGAUAAAAGUAAUUUGUCAAGAAUAUGAGGCUUGUAAAGCAUUCAUUGUAAAGUAUGCUCUAUGCUCUAACAUAUUCUACCUCUGUUAUCCUUUGUAAAAUACAUGUACUUCUUGAUCUAUCCUUAUGGAGGGUAUAUUUUCAAUUCUUAAUUCUGUCACCAAAGAAACAGCCUACUAACGCUUUUCUAGCUGAAAUCAAUUUGAAAAUGGGAUUUUCGGGGUCGUGUGGAAAAUAUUGUUUGUUGUAUCAUUUUGAAGUGUACAUGUAAAUUGUUUUUGUUCUUAAUGGAGAUGCCAUAUUCCAAUUCUUAAAUGAAUUGGCAUAAUAUCACUUCACUGAUUUCAAAGAUUUCUCAUAGGAAUUUAUUGAAAAACAAUUACUACAUAUUUAUUUGAUUAAUUUAGGAAAUGCAGUGCAAUCGGUGUAUUCCUUAUCAUUGUGGCCAUGAAAAACACUUUGCAGUGCGUUUUCGUUCUGCACCGAGACAAUCAUUUGUAGAUUACUUAUACACAUUCCUACUGAAGUAUACAGAGAGGGGAAUACCCUGUUAAGCCCCGUUCUCAUAUGAUGCAGGAAACUGCAUCUUAAAACCAAUACGGCCAAACAAAAACCAUUUUAUUUCUGAAUGGCACUUAGGAAUGAAUAAAAAGGAGAGCUGUGUUCAAUGAAGGCCCUGAAGUGUACUUACUUUAAUAUCUGUGUGUUGUAAGAUACAGAAACGUGAAACAUACAGUAUAUAUAUAGCCUAUUACAAUGUCAAGAUUUGAGGCAGUUGACUCGUUAUGUGUGAACAAGGUCCAAGUUUACAACAUUAUCAUCAUGACCGACCAUGAAUGUACAGUCAAAAUGUUUGAAAUCUAUUUUCAGAAUUCCCUUGUCAUUUCUUGACAAUUUGCCCCCCACAUUUGCAUUUCAUUUUGAAAAUACUUGUACAAUGAAUUUAUAACAUGAUUGAAAGAAAUUACCUACAGAUUUCUUUGAAUCAAAUUUAUUGAAAAAGAAUUAAGUAACUUUGUACUCUAUUAUAAUAUAUAUGUUGAAAUUUAUGGACGAAAGUAGUAUGGUUGAAUUAUUAUUUGUCUUGCACAAAUUGUUUUCAAUUCUUUUGGUGCGGAAUGUAAUAAAUCGGUUGAAAUCAA